AUGUACCAAGCGCAAUCCGAUUCUCCUGCGGAUUACAAGGCAACUCGAGAUAGCGUAAUGUCCGUCACAUCAACCUUUGGCGGUGGCGGGAGCUCUUGGGAACAGUACGCUGCCUUGGUAGACGGCAAAGGCAAACGAGGGAGCGAUAGCCACAGCGAAGGGGAAGACGACAAGGACACCCAGGCAGGGCAUGGCGCAAUGAGCCGUGCAUUCGAUGAUCCUCUAACGUCUGGCUUGGGCAUUGCAGGACUCGGAACAGGACCCUCGCUCGGCGGAAAUCAGCAUAGGGAAGCCUUUCAGGGUUCACAUCCCACCGCUACCAUAGGAACGGCCGACAGUGCCCAAGAGGUGCUGCUGGAUGCUACAGAAACUGCAAACGCUGAGUCCAGAAAGACAUCUAGUGGACUUCCAUCACAAAGGUCUCCUAGUCUCUACGAACAAACCCCCAAGCUCGGUCUAGCCACACCAACGUCUUUCUCUUCUUCGCUCUCGAAGCGUAAAUCAAAGCCCAACGACCUCAUCUUGAGCUCACCAGCAGCAUCGCCUCGGUUGCUCGGCAGCAGUCAGAGCCCUUUGCCCCCCAAUACGCCAAGAGGUAGAACGCCGCCCCCUACCAAUCCACCUGCCGAACCACUUCCUCCACUGCCGGCAACUGCAAAUGCAUACAUCUCGAACUACAGCCGUCCGGAGCUCGUCUUGGAGCCUCGGUCUGCUAGUGCAAGAGAUGACCUCACUUCGCCUGACCCAGCAUCGUUGGCAGGGAUGGGUGUAAGGACUGUAUACACGGAUGGUCAUCUCCCUUCCCAAGCCGCCAGCGCUGUUGCUGGCAACCGGCUUGAGACUUUGGCAGCUACCAAGAACGCGGAAGCUCUUCUCAAGACGCUACAACCCGCUGCGACUUAUAACGCACGACUCAGCGAUGAGAGCGAUGACGACGAGAGCUACGCAAUUGAGGACGCCCAAGUCUUUGUGGGCCAGCGUGCAACACUUACGACGGCAAAUGGUCUGCGAAAGGGGUCUGCGACUCAAUUGUAUACACCCACUCCACCACAUGUCAUCGUCCAAGAAGCAUCACCGAAGCCCGAGGUGGAGCGCAAGAAUGUGACUUUACCCUCUGGUGGCUUGAAGCAGGAUCAGGUCGCCUCACACGACGUGCUGCGAAAUCUCUCCAGCCAAGGGUCAUCGCCAGUUGCGGCCGCUAUGCCUCUGCCGCAGACGCACGACAGCCAACAACGCAACUCAGCCUCAGGCGCUUCGUACCCCACCGUCGCAUCUACUCUCGGCACUGCUACUGCCCCUUCUUCCAAUACGCACUCUUCCGUCUCUCAGCUCGGCAAGUUCUCGGGCACCUUUGGCGAGAUAGCCAUUGCGUUCAAGCAGCUUCAAGCAGAAAAGCGGACUCUUGAGAAGGUCAUCAGAGCGACUACGCCCCUCAGCGGCGUUGGAGACGGAAGCGAAGAUCUCAUCCGGUAUCUGACUACGAUGAAUGCCAAGCUCGAGGUAUCGUCAACCGAAAUACAGAAGCUGCUAGACCUGCUCGAAAGGCAGAGGUCUGUCAUGGACUAUAUGCUCGAGACUCACGAGGCGGAAAUCGACUCUCACCUAGAUGAGAUAGACGACGUCCGAUAUGAGUUGGACGAAGCUCUACAGACGGUGGAGAGACAUCGAGUAGAAAGCACGCAGUUGCGACGACAGCUAGAUCAGACUCAGGAGGAGGCGUUCGCUCUCAGACAGGAGGCGAACAAGGCCAAGAUUGCUCUCGCAGAAGAGACGAAGCGGAGAGAGCAGGUAGUGAGGGCCAUGGAGACGUACAAGAGCAACAUGGAUGAGAGUUUCAAGCAAGCCCAAGCUUCUCACGAGAGCCGCAUCAAGGCCGAAGCAGACAAUGUCACACUCUUGGCUGCACAGGAGGCUCUCAGGGCUGAGGUUGUCUACCUCCGUCAACAAGCAAGAGAGCACGAGUCAAGGGCCAAAGGCUCGGAAGCUCGUCUUCAAGACCUUCGCCACAAGCACGAAGAGGAGACGUCGAAAAUGGGUGCAGACCACGAGCGCGAGAUCUGGAACCUCAAAGAUGCGCAUGAAGCGGAAGUGACUGCUCAGAAUGAGGAUGUGGAGCGCAUGGCAGAGCAAUUGAUGGCUCACCACUCGGAGGCGCUGGACAUGCUCAAGGGAGAGCAUGAGCAGACCGUCGAGGAGCUACAGGCAAGACUUUCCGCUAUGGACGCGAGUCAGGAGGCUAGCAUGGCAGCCAAGCGUGAGCUGCUGGAAACGGUCGAUACGAGAGACGAGCAGAUUGCACUUCUCACUGCUCAAGUCGAGCAGCUGAGCGCUCAACUCCAGCAGCAGACUGAUGCGGCCGCUGUGGACCAGUCGCACAAUUCAGACGAAUCGAUUCGCGAUCGCCAGAGGUCUCGCUCGAAUACAAGCUUCACCGACGGCUCGAUCAUCGAAGGAGAAGACCCUGCCAAUGUGCGUCCCAGCAGCAGUAUCGUUCCCUCCAUCCCUGGCUCGCCCUCCGAGCAGAUCCGUCAGCUCUCCGCGCAGCUCACCGAGCAACGUUCGAGAGAAGAAGCGAUCCGCGGAGCGUACAAGCAGUUGCGAGACGAGCAUCGACGUCUCCUGCAGACGUCUCACAAGGAGAGGCGAGGAAGUACGACUUCGCCCCUGGGAACGUACGGGCUAAGAGGCGUAGGCGUCGGCAUAGGCGUCGCGUCCGAGCGGGCCAGUCCAUCGCGACAUAGCAGUGGUCCUUUCACCUCUGCCGCUACCUCGGGUCGACCUUUAGCCGCUUCAGACCCAUUCACCAGCAGCGGUGGCAGUGGUGCUCCUCGCAUUCCCACCUCCGCUCCUUCCAACUCGAGCGGAGCUACCAGUCCUCUAAUGGGCAUCAGUACUCGUGGUUUAAAGCGAUUUAGUCUACCUCUAAUGGCCAAAGGACUAGGUGGAGCACCUUCGGCUUCUGGUUCGGCUUCAGCUUCCGCUUCGGCGUCAGCUUCGGCUUCGCCUCAAGCCUUGCUCCUUUCGGUGCCUGAUGGGAGUGGACUCGAGCAAGCAGGUGGAACAACGAUGAGCUCGGGACCCAUUGGUCAAUCGGGGCUGAAUGCCUACCGGAAUUCAAUCCUCCUCUCUAAUGCUCCUAGCGGUAGCAGCAUGCAGCAGCAACAGCAGCAGCAGCAGCAGCAGCAGCACGUCUUCCCCGCCGUCUCCCCAUCCCAAUCCCCUUCUGGCAUGCUAGGUCUACAGCUCAACUCGAGCACUGAUGCUCCCUUUUCUUCCACCACCUCGACCACUACCUCUUCUACGACCCGUCCCUUCCUAAGACGAGCAAACAGCAGCCGGACUAGCGCGACCGGCCCUGCAACCGCUGCGUCUACUGGGCGCACCGUCUCAUCUUCGGCAGGGCCCGCUACUGCUGCUGCUGCUGCUGCUGCUGCAAGAGGCCCAACGGGCGCUUCUGGAGCUGCGCAGCUGCACUGA